UGUGUUCAUCAAAUUAAGAGUUGAACAUUAUCACAUGCAAUUAUGCAAUCUGUUUUUGAGAUGCUAAAAUGUUAUCUAGUAUGAUAUUUCAUUCAUAAGCUUUCUCCGAACAUGUCAUUUAAUUUGCUAAUACAGUCAUUUGUUAACAAGUCAAAUAUGGAAAAAAAAUUCAUAGCGAUCGAGUGUUUUAUUUUAUUUGGAAUAAAUGAAGCAGUGUUUGAAACUUAUGUAUGCGGGCCACGUAAUAAAUGUGAAUGCUUUACGGAUAAUCGAAGCUCGGUGAUGGAUUGUGAAGGGAAACAUAUUUCGAGAAUCGCAGAAAUAUGUUCUGGUCUAGGAAAUAUUACUAUGGAGCAAAGGCUCACACUGAGAGCUGGUAGAAAUAAUUUUGGAAAUUUUAACGCCACAGAACUUGAAGGAUGUGAACAUUUGUAUGAACUUAACGUAAAUUUCAAUCAAAUAAGCGAAAUCAGAAAAGACACUUUUAUUAAUUUCACUAACUUGAAGAUACUGGAUUUAUCCCGAAAUAAUCUCAUGGUCUUCAAAAGUGGCUGGUCAGCGGAUUUUAUGCCACUGUCUCUAACUACUCUUAUCCUCAAUGGAUGUCCUGUGGAUAAAGCUGCUAUACGGAACUAUCCAAAUCUUUCACACCUUAGAAAACUACAAAUGUUAAGAAUUGAUGGGUUGAGAGACACUUUUGACAUCGGGAAACGCACCAAUAGGCUGCAAGAGCUAAGUUUGUCAGGAUUGUAUUCCUUCAGUCACUGUAGCAUACCCCAUAUUUCAAACUGGACCUUUAAGAAGUUGGUAUCAAUCGUGAAACUGAACAUUUCAGCUUGCUCCGUAAGGAGUAUUUCAGCUGGGGCCUUUGAACAUCUUAAACAUCUGCAAAUAUUAGAUCUGUCUUAUAAUCGAAAGCUUGGCUUCAGAUCAAUGGAAAAUAUAUCAUACGGACUUCAAUUUACCGAUAUUCGUAGUGUAUAUAUGUCAUAUAUACAUACCACGUUUGGCCUGGGUACAAGUCUAUUAAGGUAGUGCACCUCUAAUGAUUUCCCGCGAUUUCUUCGAAGGUUGAAGAGCCUACUAUUAGGUGCCGUAGCCUAGUGGUUAAGGCGAUAGACUAGAAAUCUUUUGGGAUAUUCCCGCGCAGGUUCGAAUCCUGUCGACGACGUAUACUUUUUUGCGACGCGUUUUAUUUAUUUUCUAACGUAAUUUGAUUUAAUAUGGCAUAUAAGCUAUAUUUAUUGUUAAAUAUGUUGCAAUUUUUAUGCACAUUCUUCAAUUAUUAAAAUUAAAACAACGUUAUGGCGAAAUUGGGUGAUUUGCUGUUGAAAAUACGAACCAUGCAUGUUGCAUUUUUAUUUUUAUUUCAAAAAGUAAACGGUAAAUCUGUCUAUUUCUUGGUAUUUUUGCUGUAUAUAGUGUUUCUAUAAAAACUAAGUUUAAAAUAUGACUUAAAUGAUACUAUUUUGAAUUUUAUGACACUGUUUUUAACCGACCCAAUUUUUACUUGGCUGAAAUCACUUACAUUUCAUGGCGCUCUUCCAUAGAUAAAAAUUUGUAAAAAAUAAAUGUCUGUAAAAGAAUACUUAUUUCAUCUUGUUUAAACUUUAAACACCUUUACAGCAUCUGUACACACCAACUGCAUGCCCAUAUUUGGAAAUUUGAAUGAAUUAUGGAACUUUUAUAUACCCCAGGGGUGAAAAUAAACUGGACAAAAGCCGAGCGUGG